AUGUCGCUCACCAUCAAUUAUGAGGGUAGGCGCGAGGUGGUGAAACCCACCCCCACACAAUCGCUGUCGGUCAUCCUGCAACGUGCAUGCGAGAAAUUCAAGAUUCCCCUCUCCAACCAUGCCUUGUAUGAUGCAAAGGGGAAAGAGCUGGACCUCUCGCUGUCCUACCGCCUGUCCGGCCUCGCAUCCGGCGCCAAGCUGGAGAUCAAGCGAAGAGCUGCCAGCACCGCACGCGCAAGCGUGCUGGUGGGGCUGCAGCUGCCCGAGGGCGGCCGCGUGCAGGCCAGCUUUCCGGCGACCACGCGGCUGUGGGACGUGCUCCUCCACUUCGAGCAGCAGGCGGGCGAGGGUACCGCCAGGCUCAACCUCACCAGGCGCAUGGCCGAAGCCACCAGCACCGGCGACAAGAAGCGUAAGGCCGACGUCGAACCCGCCGAGGGCCACUACCUGCUGCCCGCCCUCACCUACAUGCAACGCGAGGUGGCCACGGUGGCGGACCUCUACAGGAACACGCUCCAGGACCUCGGGCUGGACGGCAACGGUCUGCUGCGACUCAACUUCCGGCCCACGGAGACGACGCUGGAGGGCGUGCAGGCCGAGCUGGAGGCCCUACAGGCCAGCGAGGCGCAGCGGCUGGAGCAGCACAAGAAGGCCGAGGAGCGCAAGGCCCAGCUCAAGGCGGCCGAGAUGGAGCGGGUGAAGCGCCUCACGGAGGAAUCCGAGAAGAUGCUCGACGCGGAGAGGGAGGAGCUGCUGCGUCGGGGCAAGGAGGAGGCCGAGGCCGAGGAGGAGGCGAGGCGCAAGCAGGAGAUCGAGCGCCUGGUCGUGCUGAAGGAGAAGGAGAUGGAGGAGACCUUCAGGGAAAUGGAGCGCGCCGCCUUCGAACAGACCCAAGUCGAGCACAUGCGUGCCGCCAUGCGGGCUCACUUUGGGCAGGCGGGCGGUAGCGGUACUUCGACGGCAACGUCGACGUCGACAUCGCGCUCGCCCGAGCCGGAAGAGAAGCCUCGGGGCGAUGGUGAUCGGAUGGAGGUGGAGGCACAGCAACCGCCCAAGCCCAAGCCCGCGAAGAAGGAGCCGGUCAAGCUGGAAAUCCCCGACAGAGAGCUGCGCGUGCUGCCGCCCACAGACCGACCGUUCAAUCCCAAAGAAUUCGAAGUGCCGGAGAGCUUCUAUGAGGCCACCACGGACGACUACAGGGUGGCCCUGCAGGCGAUCAAGGCCAACCGCAUGCGCAUAGAGGAGGAGACACAGAUGCGCACUAAGGAGAUGAAGGAGAAGGACCGCCUCCGACGAAUCCCCAAAUACCGAAAGACCCUGAUCAAGGUCCGCUUCCCGAACCGGGUGGAGGUGCAGGCCACGUUCCACCCGCUGGAGAAGGCCCAGGCGGUGUUCGACCUCAUCAAGUCCUCCCUCGCCCACCCCGAUCGACCCUUCUACCUCUUCACCACGCCGCCCAAGGAGCGCGUCGACCUCAAGCGAACUCUGCUUUCGCUGGUGAUGGUGCCGGCCGCCAUCGUCUACUUCAGCUGGGAGGACAACAGCGGACCGGCGGUGGAGUACCUGAAGGAGGAGCUGGUGCGGGACAUCGCCGACCAGAUGCCCGCGCCGGUCAGCUUCCCGCAGUCCCAGCCCACGCCCUCCAGCGCGGGCGCUCUCGCCGCGCUCGGCCACGCCGACGAGCCGCCCGCCAGACAGCCACCACGUGGUGGCGGUGCGAGGGACUACUCCAACGUUGUACCCAAGUGGUUCGCCGCUGGCCGCAAGUGA